AUCUGGUUUCAAGACAUGGAUUCAAUUGCUGUACAAAAACAUGAAUUACCACCAACCAAUCAAAAACGUAUGGUUGCAUUUAUAAACCAUUUCAUCGUGAGCACUGUGACGUUUCUGAAUAAAUUUGCUUCUGAUUGCGAGACCAGAUUUAUAAACUAUGAGCAUAAGAUACAAAAUUUGGAAGCCUCACUUAUGAUCGUUGAAGCGAAAUUGGCAUCGAUUGAUGUACUCAGGCAAACCAGUGUUCCUAAUAGCGCUCCAGUGAAAACAGACCAGAAUCAAAGUGAAGAUAACGAGACUAUUGCGCAAGUAAAGAAUGAAGUUCCCAAUGCUGAAGUGGAACAUAAAGACACAGAAGGCAACGAACGCAUUUCCGGGACACAUCCCGAUACACCAACCGUGGAAAAAGAUCCUAAAUAUGAUUUGUACUUCAAAAUGCUUCACAUGGGUGUACCACUGGGAGCAGUGAAAAACAAGAUUUCAUCAGAAGGGCUAGAUCCCAACUAUAUUGAUCAGUUCCUGUAA